AUCCUGAAAAUUAAAAAAAAAAAUUCCGAAAAUUAAAAAAAUAAAAAAAAAAGAAAAGAAAAAGAAAAAGAAUUCUGGUCUUGAGCUAAAGAGAAAUGCUUUGAGUUUUGAUUCAAUCCAAAACGCAACAUCUUUGAUUGUAUUGGUGACAGUCCCGUUUUUCCAUCAACCGUUGUUGUUUCCUUUAAGCCGACACACUUGACAGAUUUUUGAAAGAUCGAAUUUAGUUCGUAAAAGAACUGACUACGAGGGAACGAGUGGAAAAGGCACAUUGAGUGUGUGAGAUCAGAAGGGGAGACAGAAAAGAGCCAUUAAAAGUUUCUCCCGAGUGAAACACGAGUGUUGAGUGAUUGAGUGUCAACUUUGAUUUCCUUGGAGCGAAAUUGUGAGAAUCUUUGUGUGUAUAUUGUAAGGUCCUAUAUACACUAAUUUUUUUUUCUUUGUGUGUUGUUUUGUUUUAUUUGAAUUAAUAUGACAGGUUCUAGUGAUAACCAACCAGGUGACCAACCACCAAAUUUGCAAAUGCAAGCCAUUACACGUGAGAUACAAAGAAUGAUAAGGGCUGAACUUGAGACUCUACAUUCUAGAAUGGAUAAGAUUGAGGGAGAAUCCCAAAUGCAUCAUUAUGAAGAGAUUAAUGAUGAAAACGAAAUUGACCAACCUUUAAGACCGAAUCAGAGACAUGGUCGUACACUUGAUGAUAAUUUGUCUAAUAUAAAAGUUGUGAUUCCAUCUUUUCAGGGACGAACAGAUCCUGAUGCAUAUUUGGCAUGGGAAAGUAAAGUUGAGCAUGUUUUCGAGUGUUAUAACUACUCGGAACAAAAGAAGGUUCGUUUGGCAGCAAUGGAGUUUAUCGAUUACGCUCUCAUUUGGUGGGAUCAAUUGUUGAUCAGUAGACGAAGAACCGGUGAAGGUCCAGUGAACACAUGGACAGAAAUGAAGCGAAUCAUGAGGAAACGGUUUGUUCCAUUUCAUUAUCAACGUGAUUUAUUUCAAAAGUUACAAAACUUGAAACAGGGAAAUCGAAGUGUUGAAGAUUAUUUCAAGGAAAUGGAAAUGGCCAUGAUGCGUGCAAACAUGGAGGAAGAUAAAGAAGCAACUAUGGCACGUUUUCUUGCAGGGUUGAAUUUUGAGAUUGCUAAUGUUGUUGAGUUACAGCAUUAUGUCGAGUUGGAUGACAUGGUGCAUAUGGCCAUCAAAAUUGAAAGACAACAGCGUAGAAAGUCUUCUUACCGAGGUAAUACUCCUUCUAAAGUUUCCUUUAAUCCAUCUGUUACUCCUAAUAAUGCUAGGAAGCAAACACCAUUUAAGAUUAAGGAAAGAGCGGAAACGAGUAGUCCAAAACCUCCCGUUGUUGAAAAUGGACGAGGAAAGCAACAAAUACAAACAGAACGCACAAGAGACAUCCAAUGUUUCAAAUGCCUUGGUAGAGGGCAUAUUGCAAGUCAAUGUCCUAACCGAAGGACAAUGAUGACACGUAUGAAUGGGGAAAUAGAAUCCGAAUCUGACAAUGAUGAGCAAGACACCCCUUUGAUGGACGAUAAUGAAGAUGACGAUCAAGUACAGACUUAUGCAACCGGAGAAGCACUUGUGGUUAAAAGAAGCUUGAAUGCACAACCAAUCCGAGAUGAACAACAACGCGAGAACAUCUUUCACACAAGAUGUCUUGUGAAUGACAAGGUAUGUGUUGUAAUUAUCGAUAGCGGUAGUUGUACUAACGUUGCAAGUACUGUUAUGGUUGAUAAGCUAGGUCUGAAGACAACGAAGCAUCCCAAUCCAUACAAACUACAGUGGUUGAAUGAUGCGGGAGAGCUAAGGGUUACCAAACAAGUUCUUGUACCAUUUUCCAUUGGAAAAUACAAGGAUGAAGUAACGUGUGACGUUGUGUCGAUGGAUGCCACUCACUUAUUGUUGGGACGUCCAUGGCAGUUUGACAAGAAGGUAAUGCAUGAUGGAUUCACCAAUAGAUAUUCGUUUAUGAAUGCAGGAAAACAAAUCACUUUAGCCCCUUUGAUGCCAAGUCAAGUACAAGAAGAUCAAGUUCGUCUGAAGAAGAACAGCGAAGAAGCAAAGGGAAAGAAGAAGAUAAACGUUUAUGCGAGCAGAAAAGAAAUCAGGAAGUGUCUUUCCUCUCAACAAUCUUUACUCAUUUUAAUGUAUAAAGAUCAUUGUUUGUUGGCUGAAAUUCCCCCUGAUUUACCUAUGUCUAUUACAUCUCUUUUGCAAGAUUUUGAAGAUGUAUUUCCUGAAGAAAUUCCAGAUGGAUUACCACCAAUUAGAGGGAUUGAACAUCAAAUUGAUUUCAUUCCUGGAGCUACCAUUCCAAAUAGACCGGCCUACCGGAGUAAUCCCGAUGAAACAAAGGAGUUACAGAAACAAGUCAAAGAGCUGUUGGACAAAGGAUACAUUCGAGAAAGUUUAAGACCUUGUGCUGUACCAGUUUUGUUGGUACCAAAAAAAGAUGGAACUUGGAGAAUGUGUGUGGAUUGCAGAGCUGUAAACCAGAUCACUAUCAAAUAUAGUUCACAGGGACUAGCAGUUGAUCCAGAAAAGAUUAAGGCAAUUCAAGAAUGGCCAGAACCGGUCAACAAUUCAAACUUCUGUUGGGGCAAAGAGCAAGAUGAAGCAUUCAAGGAACUCAAGGAUUAUUUGACAAAGGCUCCCCUAUUAGCCUUGCCAAACUUUGAGAAGACAUUUGAAGUUGAAUGUGACGCUUCCGGGAUUGGGAUUGGUGCUGUUUUGAGUCAAGAAGGAAAACCAAUCGCUUACUUUAGCGAAAAGCUAAAUGGUGCAACCUUGAAUUAUCCAGUCUAUGACAAAGAGAUGUAUGUACUUUUGAAUUAUUUGGAUUCACAUCUGAUUGGUUUUGCUUAUAUUAAAGAGUUGUAUGCCACUGACCCUGAUUUUGGAGAAAGAUAUAUGUCAUGUGAGAAAGGUGCAGAAGGGAAUUUUUAUCGACAUGAUGGCUAUCUUUUCAAAGAAGGAAGAAUCUGCAUUCCUCAAGGGUCGAUUCGAGAAGUCCUUAUUCGAGAAGCACAUGAAGGAGGACUUAUGGGGCACUCUGGAGUUGCUAAAACGUUGCACAUUUUAAAAGAGCAUCUAUUUUGGCCUAAGAUGCGAAGAGACGUUGAAAGAAUUUGUGAACGCUGUGUAACAUGUAAGAAAGCAAAAUCGAAGGUUCUACCGCACGGUAUGUAUUUACCUUUACCUAUUCCUGAUUCUCCGUGGCUGGAUAUAUCCAUGGAUUUUGUGUUGGGAUUGCCUAGGACUAGGACAGGUAGAGAUAGUAUCUUUGUUGUGGUUGAUAGAUUUUCAAAGAUGGCACAUUUCAUUGCGUGUCAUAAAACUGAUGAUGCUACUAACGUGGCCAACUUGUUUUUCAAGGAGAUUGUUCGUUUGCAUGGAAUUCCUAGGUCUAUUGUUUCUGACAGGGAUGUUAAGUUCUUGAGUCAUUUCUGGAGGACUCUUUGGAACAAAUUGGGAACGAAACUGAUGUUUUCCACUACUUGUCAUCCUCAAACUGAUGGACAAACUGAGGUUGUCAAUCGAGUUUUAUCUACUUUGUUACGUUCCCUCAUUAAGAAGAACAUUAAGACAUGGGAAGAAUGUUUACCACAUGUUGAGUUUGCCUAUAACCAUUCAGUUCAUUCUGCUACUAAGUUUUCACCAUUUGAGAUUGUUUAUGGCUUUAACCCUUUAACUCCCAUGGAUUUAUUGCCAUUACCUCAAGAACAGGUUAUGAACAGAGACGGAAAAUCUAAAGCAGACUAUGUUAAAAAGUUGCAUCAACAGGUUAAGGACAACCUAGAGCGGAGGACUCAACAGUACGAGAAGCAAGCGAAUAAGGGUCGUAAGCGAGUAACCUUUGAUGUAGGAGAUUGGGUUUGGGUUCAUUUUCGAAAGAACGUUUUCCAGCCCAACGACGUUCCAAAUUUGAGGACAAAUCUUUUUCAAGAAGGGGAGGAUGAUGUGAGCACGUCUAUGCCAACAAAGGAAACUGAUCCGAAGGCACGUCAAAACAGCCUGGAUAAGCAUUAUAAAGACAUAAAUAAGUCCAUGAUUGGAGGAGACAAAGAAACCAGCUGA